AUGUCCGACAGCGAGAGCGAAGCCGAGUCAGAGCUCUCUCAGCCAAGCACUGCCGCGACGAACGAGCACCUCUACGAUUACGACCAAUGCAUCGCCGCCCUCGAGGGGAGGAGCGUCCCAGAUGACCUCACGUCUGCUGCUGCACGAUGUGCAGUCAUUCGAGGGCUGCGCUGCUCCUACACCUUCGCAAUGAGCCAAGGCAUCAGAGACGUGUGCGCCACCUCUCGAUUUCCUGAAUUUGUUCGAGCGCGCAACGCCCGCCUCAUUAUGAGUAACGUGGUUCCUGACGGGCUCGAGGUCCCUGAAGCCCAGCCUUACUGUAUCUGGAACCCGGAUUUUGCAAGCGAGGACAUUUAUCGCCAACUUGCUCAGCGGUUCCCUUCUAUGCGCUAUCAGGUCGGACGGGCUUGUGCUGCUGCUGGCUAUAUCAACCUCUACCGAGAACUCGACCUUCUUCCUGAUGUCUCCAUUGCUGAAGAGGCUCGGGAGGCUCAUACAGAAGGUGGCGACCAAAUCUACACAUUGAUUAUGUCUUCGCCGAUGAAGUACGCGGUGAUGGAUGAUUACGAACGCUCGAUUAACCCGGACACUCCACGAUACCCCGCCUAUUUAGAUGGCGAGACGCAAGUUCGGUGGAAGCUCGAGUGGCGCUACGCACUCUCAGAAGAUGCCACGGAGGAUUUUAGCCCCGAAGAACUCGAUAUCGAAGAGGAUCGGUACAUCGGUCUUGACUCUGGCUGGCCGGAUAUAGCGCGCUACGACCAAUUCAGCCCGCAGGAGGCGACGAUGCUUUGGGAGCCUCUGCCUCUUGAUAUACCAACGAUGAAGAAGAACAUGUUAUUCCAGAUGGCAGCCUUUGAGGGGAAUGUGGACCGGUGUGCCCGACUUAUCAGCCGCCGAUCUCGCAAAGAUAUCUUUAGCGACGAGGUCGAGAUGCUUUGCGUUGUUCGUGGUAUAUACCAUCACACAAUGUUUGCUCGGUGGUGGCAGCACCAGCUUGAUACAGACGCUUUCAAAGGCCGGAUAGGCGAUAAAGAGCAGUGCAAGGUCCAAGCAGCCAUCAACGCCCGCCGCAUCAUGAUCGGUGAGGUUGGGACAUUCACCAAAGACACCCCCUGCCUACCCUGGCUUAUCUGGUAUCCUCUGAAACCGCCAGAGGACUCGCUAGAGAGUCUCGCUAAACGAUGCCCGUCCAUGCUCUUUCAGAUCGCCAUCGCCUGCAUAUACGCCAAUUACCAAGGUCUAUAUGAGCGUCUCAACCUCCGCCCCUGUGUCGCCCUCAUGGAGGCGGCCGAAAAAACCGGCAACCUCUUUUACAAAGAAGACAUAGAAAGACGCGCAGCAGAGCUGGGGAUCGAUGAUCUCUGGAAAGAAGGACCCUGGAUCGAACCCUUUCACAAGAGGCACGGCACGCUGUCGUGGAACUUGGAGCCCACAGGCCGCGGCAUCUGGACACGUCUACGUCCUGAAUUCAUGGACCCGCUGGAGGGGGGUUAUUAUAAGAAGAACUUCGCGUACGGGGGCUACUGGGAGAGAUUUGUUUUCCUGUCGUUUGAGACGAUACGUAAGAUGGAGGUUGAAGGGUACAUUGAGGAAGACGGGCGGGGGAGCUUCUUUGAUGGCAAUGAUACGCGCUGGUUUGUGAAGCAUGAGAUUUCAAGGGAUGAGAAUGGAAAGGAGGUUAUUGUGGAUGAUGGCCCUCAUGAAUGGCCGCCUAGCUAG